AAUAUCACUGAAAGCUCGUGACAGAAAAUCUACCUCUGCAGACGGAUGAACCGUGAACGCGCACAGACCCCUUAAAGGCGCGUGACAGCGUGACGCCGCUUCCCUUUAAGAGCCCGGUAUGAGUCACCUGACCAGGUCCACCGACGAGGCAGGACCGAAACCUGCAUUACCAGAAAAAUAAGCAACUAAAAUAGCCAAGAUCUACACGAUAUUAGCACUGAAACGUGAAAACAUACUUGUCUUCAGACUCCCGCCCUCGAGACGGCUGGAAAUUGACACGUCACCAUCACCAUCAUCCGACCGGAGGCGAAGGACACACGGGCUGCGACCGAAUAUUACCGAGGCUCCGGAAUCCCGAACAGCUUUAUAGUAGAGGAUUAAUCGACGGAACGUUUCUACAACUCGUUUUUAGGUGUUUAUUUAAUUAAUUACGUCGCACCAGCUCAUCGCAAAACGCUCUGUCAUUUCGGUUAACUUAGAUGGGGUUUUUAAUUCACAUGAUAAUCAAAGGUUACGGUUUAACGUAUUAAUUUUAUUAUUUAUUUCCCGCGAGAGCCAGAAAACAGCUCGUCGUAGGGCGUUACGUAAUAAGAGGCAUUAUCCAGGGUGCUGAAACCAACCCAUGCUAGACGCCUACGAGGGAAUUUUUUAAAAGGAUUCAAUUGAGAAUAUAUAUUUUGUGCUUUUGAAUACUUAAAUUCAUCCGCUCCGGUUGGAAACCGAAACGUGGAAUCGACAUUGUCAGAUUCUAGAGAGCCACCUUGGAUUCCGUCUCUUUUUUUGUCGGCGAAUAUCAUAUGCAUUACGGCUGUCCUUCCCCCUGAAGUUGAAUCUUGAGGUGGUUGUCGACGCUACCGGGAGAAAAUGUCUGGACAGACUCUGACGGAUCGCAUCGCCGCGGCGCAGUACCAGCUCACCGGAUCCGAUGUGGCUCGUGCCGUUUGCAAAGCCACCACGCACGAGGUGAUGGCGCCCAAGAAGAAGCACCUGGAAUAUCUGAUCUCAACCACCAAUGAGACAAACGUGAACAUCCCCCAGAUGGCUGACACAUUAUUCGAAAGAUCCACUAAUGCAAGCUGGGUGGUCGUGUUCAAAGCUCUAACCACGACCCACCACAUCUGCAUCUACGGAAAUGAGAGAUUCAUCCAGUAUUUGGCCUCAAGGACUUCCCUGUUCAAUCUCAGCAACUUUAUUGACAAAACAGGCUCCCAUGGCUAUGACAUGUCUACAUUCAUCAGACGAUAUGCACGGUACUUAAAUGAGAAGGCGUAUGCUUACCGUGCAAUGGCCUUCGACUUCACUCGAGUUAAGAAGGGAGCUGACGGAGUGAUGAGGACUAUGGCUCCUGACAAGCUUUUGAAGGCCAUGCCUGCCCUUCAGACCCAAGUGGACACACUGCUGGAGUUUGACGUUCAUCCUAAAGACUUGAACAACGGCAUCAUAAAUGCAGCAUUCAUGCUUCUCUUUAAGGAUCUGAUAAAACUCUUUGCCUCCUACAAUGACGGCGUCAUCAAUUUAUUAGAGAAAUAUUUCAAAAUGAAGAAGUCUGAGUGCAAGGAUUCUCUGGACAUUUAUAAGAAAUUUCUGACCCGGGUGACCAAAAUUGCAGAGUUCAUGAAAAUUGCUGAGCAAGUAGGAGUGGAUAAGAAUGACAUUCCUGACAUCUCUUAUGCUCCCAGCAGUAUUCUGGAGUCUCUAGAGGCACAUAUGAACGGUCUAGAGGGCAAGAAAGGGGAAGGGUCACCCACAAAAGGAUCACCCACCAAUAAUGUGUCUCCAACCUCCACUCCCGCCAAAUCAGCUGCUGCCGUCCCCACUUUGGAGCCGCCGCGUGCUGAGGCCACGCCUGCUGCCGCCGAAACUGCCACCGAUUCUCUGCUGGAUCUGGACCCGUUGUCUUCCUCUGGACCUUCUACAGGAGCAUCAGCUGCUCCCACAUCUUGGGGAGAUCUGCUGGGCUCAGAUGUGUUUGCGGCCCCUGCGGCUGAAACAGCUGCUGCUGCAGAAGGUGGGGCCGCAGCAACAACGCCCACCCCUGCUGCCGACGGCACCGCGUCAACCGAUCCCUUCACUCCAGCGGCUGGUACUGCUGAUAACUCCCAUCAGUUGGACCUGUUCUCCAUGCAGCCAGUAGAUGACAGUAACUCUCUCUUUAGCUCAGUGGCGCCCAACACUGUCCAGGCGUCUGUCUCCACAACCACCAGCACCGUAGCCCCCGCUGCUUCCCCAGCCCCGACGAUAGACCUGUUUGCUGGUUUUUUUGAUCCCAUGCCAGACUCCGUUCCCAAAACAGACCCAAACCCCAGUCUAGACCUGUUUUCAGCAGAUGUGUUUCGUCCUCCUGCCGCUGCUCUAUCGGCCCCCAUAAGCUGGCCAGACAGCGGAGCAAAUCUGGACCUGUUUGGGGAAUCUGCGGGCGCUGGAGAGGCCAAACCAGCCGCAGCAGCUGCCGGAGGCGAUCUGAUGUCAGCUUUUGAUGGAUUUGGUGAUGUGCUCAUGCCAGCUAUGGCUCCACAGGCAGCAGGGGCCACCUCACCGGUCAAACCCAUGGGAGGAGAUCUGGACUCAGCUAUGGCCAACAUGGCCAGCAAUUUGGCAGUGGGGAACCAGAAACCGGGUGAAGCAGCAGGAGGAGCGAACUGGCAAGCGCAGGUACCCACCCCUAGCUGGGGCGUUGCCAUGAGUUCCCCUCUCGGGGUCUGUCCUGUCAUGGGAUCCCCGUCACCGUUUGGCAUGCCUGGUGCAGGAGCUGCUCCCAUGAUGCCUGGCUCACCGAUGAUGGCAGCGCAGCAACCGAUGAUGAGGCCACAGUUUCCAGCAACAGGAGCCCCUGGACAACCGAUGUCUCCAGGAAUGGCCCAGAGUCCCAGGAAGCCUCCCCCUUCUAAAGACCCUCUCGCUGACCUCAAUAUCAAAGACUUCAUGUAGAUGAGCAGCUGGUUUGUCACACUUAUUGUGCAGCCCUGAUGAAUCAGACGUGUGUAUUCUCUCUUCCGUUCAUCACAUUCAGGGACUCCAGUCCCUCCUUUUCUCUCUCUUUCCCUUCCCUGUCUGUUGUUGUAGCACAAACCGUGAACGUGAAUAAGUACAUGUGUGUACGUGUGUUUGUAUUUCAAUGUUCUCAGUUACUUCAGAUCUAUAUAUUAAAAAAAAAAAAAGUACUAUGAAACAUGAGGAGGAUGGCAGAUGCAUUCCUGAAUGUGCGUCUGCAGGUCUCUCAAUGAUAGAUGUGCGUUCAUUUUUCCUGGCUCGCUUUCCGUGGGAAAUCAAAUCAAAAGUGUGACGUUUUCUGUGGAAAAUGGUUUUUUGCUGUGGUGAAUAUCACUGGGCCGGUCUGUGUCAUCAUCAGUCGAGUAUUAGUCAUCUUUUGACCAUGGAAUAACUUCUGUGGGAACAAUAUCAACGUUUUACGAGUUAAGAUAGUGUCUCACACACUGUUUGUUUUUAUCAAUGCCCUGAUUUUAUUCUUUUUCGUAUCUAUCAAUUGUGAGUUACAUGCAACAUGUGACUAUUUGAUGAAAAUACAUAUGCAUUUUAAAAUAUUUUAAAAGACAGAUUGUUUUGAAUAUCCUUAGUCUUUAUUUUGAGAUAAAAAGGUUGAAUAUAUUUUAGUUAUGUCAGAAGUUUACUUUGCAUACUACAUGGCUAGUUAGUAAUCCCAUUUGUACAAAUGUCUGUGUACAUCACAAGGCACUGAGCUGAUUGAGUCCUGCUAGUAUGAACAAUAUAAUAUUGCAGCAUGUAAUUCCUCUGUUGUGCAAAGGGGACGCCAGUGAGCCAGAUCAGAUUCUAUCAACAGCAAGUUCACCUACAUCUUAAUCAACAUAUCAGGAGUAGUUCAACCCAAAAUUACAAUUUGCUUAAAAUGUACUCACCUUCAGACCAUCCAAAAUGUAGAUGAGUUUGUUUCCUCAUCAGAACAGAUUUGGAGUAGUUUGCCGCAUUACAUCUCGUGCUCACCAA